GCCCUUGGCAGCUCAGAAGACGGGCGCGGGCUCUGCUGUCGGGGGGGAGGGAGUUGAAGAGCUCGUUGAAGCGGAACUUGUGCAGUUGAUCGGUCAGGCGCUGCUGUAGCCGAACCUGCGGUCUCGAGAGAAAGUCUUGGAGGGAGGGGAGGGAGAAGGAGGGGCCGACCACCUCAGAGAUGGCAGCGAGGGCGGGGACUGCCGGUCGAAGCCAUGGCAAUCCAAAAGAGCAGCGGGCCCACCCUGAGGCAUCCACGGUGCUCCUCGGAACCGGCUAGAGACGUCAAAAGCCGUCACACCGAUCGAGCCCAGAAAAGCAGCACGGGCAAUCGUGGAUGCGGAGACAAGGCCAAACCCUCCCAGCCGGAUGGGUAGCUGCACUUGUGCGGAAACCGAGUCGGGGAAGUCGCCGGGAAAGCGGAACAUGCGCCUGAAUGCCCUGAUAAUGGCGGCGUCAUGUCGCUCGGCGGCUGCCAGGGAGACAUCGGAUUCUGGGGGGAGGAGGCGCAGCCAAUAGUUCAGCCGGGGGGAUGCACAAUAGCGGAGAAGUAGGCCUGAGCCCUGUAAUCCCUUCUGAGCAAAAGUCACGAUUGCGUCGAGCAGCGGUUGGUGGCCGUUGGUGAUCUUCUCGAGGCUAUGCUGGAUGAAAGAGUUGCCGCCAAGCGGGCAGCCGAGGACAGUGAUGCCAUCAGUGGAGCACUUGACGCCGGAAGCAGCGAUGUCCGCCGGGAUGUCGGAGUCUUGUUGCCAGCGGGGGCUCCAUGCAGCGCUCUUGUCUCUCCGCAGCCGCAACUUCUUCUCGGCCAGAAGCUGCUCGGCUCUGUCCACAUACCCCGUGACACGUGUCUCGUCCAGUCCACCAUCGAUGUCAUCCAUGAACGCACUAACGAAGGCGUCGGGGAACUCCUCUUGCAGCUUGACGAGGGCGGGAUGGAGGCCCAGGCAGAAGAGGAAAGGGCCCGCCGCGUCGCCUUGCUGAGUGCCCUCCUGACUGAGGAUGGUCUCUGUGCGUCCGUCCUCCAUCCGAUACCAUAGUUCGGCCGGGGUACCGUAGAACGGCCACUUUGUGCCGAGCGCGUCGAGGAUCGCCUGUCGGUCGAUGCUGUUGAAGGCGUUCUUGCAAUCCAAAGUCACCAAAACCCGUCUAUCGGAGUCAUCGCGGCGUGUCUCCAUGUAGGUCUGACAGGCCCGGAAAAUCUUCUCUCCGCCUGCCGACGUGCCAACCGCAAACUGUAGAGGCGCGAAGUCGUCCUCAAAGGCCAGCUUGUCCUCCAUACAGACUGCCUUCGUCACCCAUCUCCGAAGCACAUCACCCA